AUGAAAACCUUAAAUAGGUCAUUUGAUAGACGUAGUGACUUACCAAUUAAGAAAACUGAUUUGUCACGUCACAAAGAAGGCGAUUGGAGUCUCUAUGUUCCCAUAAAUGUUGUUAAAGAGCAAGGGAUUUAUGAGGCUCUCGAAUACUUCCCCAGUAUACUAAGUUAUGCACAAGUUUUAGCAGUGAAAAGGGAUGAUAUUUUAAUACCAGUAAAAGUGUUUGAACAGCCAUCCAGGGGUGAAAACAUGAUUGUCACUGUACUCCCAAAAGAACUGUCGCCUUCAGAAAAUUUAGCUCAAAAGUGGCUUUGCAAAACUUUGUUUAUCGAUUGGCUGCUUUUCGUGGAAGCAUUAGUUGUGGAAGCAAUAUACAUCAAUAAUCGACUGUAUAAAAGGCCCAUGAGGGGUCUCUGGUCUCAAGGAGCAACUGAAGGAGUGAACAAUUUCGCAUCGUGCGUAUCAAGUGAAGGCAAACGUAUUUCUUGGAGCCCCUUUAAAGACGAUAUGCAACGCAAGCAGAAGCGCAUAAGCGGGUUCUUGCUGAAUUUCAAACGUAACACGGCAAGAUUAGCGGCAUCUGCUCGCACGCUGCCGCACAUGCGCACGCGUUUGCGUUUGUUAGAGUCGUAUUGGUCCGAGUACACUCAAAGUGAUCUGGUCCUGCAAGCGAAUAGGUCGGCUUGCAAAGGCGAGGCGUACUUCGAGAACGACGAGUAUCUCGAAGUUGAGUCAAGUUAUGUGGAGAGUAAAGCGGAUGUGCUUCAGUCAAUUGAAGAUUUGGAAAUUGCCUCGAGGCCAUCGGUAACCGUUGCAGGCGCGCAAAAUAAUCAGGUCUUAUACGCACCACCUGUUCCGGGUCCGUCGGAGUUCGCGAACAUGCCGAAAUGUCAAAUCCCGAAAUUUUCCGGAAAACCCGAGGAAUGGGAGACCUUCAAGGAGCAGUUUUCUUCGAUGAUGAAAAACAAGGCCAACUUACCGGAUGCUAUCAAGAUGCAAUAUUUAGUAGACUCGGUGGAAGGGCCUGCAGCGCUCAGAGUAAAGGGUCUUCCGUUGACGGGAGCUAGUUUUAAGUUGGCUUGGCAAAAAUUGAUGCGCAUGUACGAUAACCCUACGAGACGCAUGCAUACGUAUAUGGAAUUGCUGAUAGAUAUGAAACCGGUUAAGCGAAAAUCUUCGGGAGAGUUGAUCGAGUUGCUGGAUAAGGCGGAAGCCGCGCUUAAAACCUUCAAGGAUGUAGGUUGCCCGUGCGAACAUUGGGACAGUUGGCUUAUCCAUAUGGUCGAGCGCAAGUUGGAUAAUGAGAUGCCAGAAGGGUGGCGUAUUUCGCAAGAGUCGGUGGUAGGUUUUUCGACAUUUUCAACUCUCACAAAUUUUCUCGAAACUCGUACGUCCUCGCUUGAUCAGGAUGCAGAUGGUGAUGCGGAGUCGCCUACCAAACAAUCUAAUCAGAAGGGUAAUGGUUCGAAUCGUUCGUCUCGGCGUGAGUCAGUCUCAGUCAACGCAACUAGCACGUCGUUUGCUAAAGGCAAUCGCAAUGCCUCUGUAAAAUGCAGCUUAUGUAGGGGUCCUCAUCAGCUUCAAGCGUGUCCAAGGUUAAAUGGUAUGUCGACUUCCGCUCGGUUUGAACAUUGUAAAAAGGAGAGAUUGUGUCUCAAUUGUUUGAGAUCUGGACAUUUUUUGGCUGAUUGCACCUCUCAGAAUCGUUGCGCCAAUUGUAAGGGCAGACACCACACGAAGAUUCACUCGGAUCGACGACAAGGAGGAGAGGCUGCGGAUUCUUCAAAUUCAACAGGUCAGAAGGGCUCUUCUAGCGCGCCUGGCAAGUCAAGUAUGCUGGAGGUAUCAGCAAGUACAACAGUGGUGGGUAGAACCCGGUUGAUGGCCACAGCCAAGGACUUACUUCAAUCCGUAGAUGGUAAUUCGAUGUACGCUAGAGGCAUGAUUGAUCCGUGUGCAGAGGUCUCUUUUGUCACUCAAAGAGUUGUGCAAUGUUUGUCCGCAAAGAUUAAGCCUGUUUCUGUGUCUGUGGUUGGUGCCGGUGCAGGUCCUUCUGCGGUGUCAAAGGAUGAAGUUUUUCUUCAAUUAAGGUCCAGGUUGAACACAGAAUUUUGUUUGGAGUUUUCGGCGUUGGUGUUGAGAGAGGUAACGGGAUUUUUGCCGCGAGAGGAGGUCGUAGUGCCCAAUUGGGAUCACAUCAGGGGCUUGCAGCUUGCUGAUCCAGAUUUUGCUUGCUCAAAGCGGAUAGACUGCGUGCUCAGCGCAGAGGUGUACGCUGCUAUCAUUCGGCUAGGGCUCAGAGUUGGUGCAACUGAUACUCCUGUUGCUCAGGAGACCGUUUUUGGGUGGAUUUUGACGGGUAGAGCGUCUUCUGCUCCUGAGUCUGAUAGAGCUCAGAGCGCUCAGGCCUGUCAUGUGGAAGUAGAGCCAUCAAUUUCGACGUUAAUAGAGAGGUUUUGGGAAAUGGAGGAGAUUUCCACUUCUAAAGUUUUGUCCGAGGAGGAUCAAGGUUUCUUUUGCACACACGAGGCAGAUUGCUGUGGCAUGUUUGCUCCGCUCAGAGAAGCAUCGAGCGCAAGAUUCUUAGAUAGUGCCUAUAGGAAAUUCAUGGAGGAGCAUUUGACUUUAGGUCAUAUGGAGCCUGUAAAUAGUUCGCAUCGAAAGGGCAAUACGUUCUAUUUUACUCAUCACCCAGUUUACUCGGCUGCGGUGGGGCCGGAAGGCAAAUUUCGUGUGGUUUUUAAUGGUUCCUUUGGAAAAAUAUUGCUGAACGACGUUCUUUUAACGGGUCGCAAAUUGCAGUCGGAUGUCACGAUUAUUAUUUCGAUGUGGAGAUUUUCGAAGAUUGUAUUUACGGCUGAUAUCGUCAAGGAAUUUAGGCAGAUCCUCAUUCACCCAGAUGACGUUGAUUGGCAAAGAAUAGUCUGGCGAUCUGACUUUUCGAAGCCUAUCGAAGAUUAUAGGCUGGUGACGGUUACGUAUGGUACGCGCUCUGCUCCAUACCUCUCAAUUCGAACCCUUCUUCAGCUAGCGAGUGAGGGAAGUGUAGAGUUUCCCUUAGCUGCGCAGGUGCUCAGACACAAUAUGUAUGUAGACGAUGCGUUUGUAGACGCUGACAAUGAGUCUGAGGCCAUUGAGAUUCGGAAUCAGCUGAUCAAGCUUCUGUCAUCAGCAGGUAUGGAGUUGGGUAAAUGGGCGUCAAACAGUUCGGCUAUCGUGGAGGAUAUCCAGGCGGAAAAGCAGAAAGAGUUCGCUGUCGAAUGGGAUGCGGCAGUUUCUGCUUUGGGCCUAAAAUGGACACCAUUGAGCGAUUCGUUUCGUUUCGAGGUUAAGAUUCCAGUUUCGCCAAAGGUUGUGUCAAAGAGAUCGAUUCUGUCAGAGAUUUCGAGGUUGUUUGAUCCACUUGGUUGGCUGUCACCUGUAUUAGUCAGGGCCAAACUCAUGCUCCAGGAUUUGUGGAUUAAUGGUAUCGACUGGGACUCACCUCUCACAGGAGAACUUCUAGAUCAGUGGCAAGCGUUGAGGUCUGAUCUUCCUGACUUGGCUCAGUUGCGCAUUCCUCGUUGGUUUGGCUCUUCCUCGCAAACAUCAUGGGAGUUGCAUGGGUUUUCUGACGCAACUGGGUACAUGGUAAUACCAGGGCAGAAAUCGGCGUUGAUUACGGCCAAGACUAAAGUAGCUCCUAUUAAAACGAUGAGUUUGCCUCGAUUGGAGUUGUGUGGCUCGGUGUUAGUGAGUGAGGUGAUCACUACUCUGCCUGGCGUGCAAUGGCGUCAUGUUAAGUCCGAAGACAAUCCAGCCGAUUGCGCAAAUCGAGGGUUUUCGUCGGAGCAGCUACAGCAGUCUUCCCUGUGGUGGGAGGGACCUGAAUGGAUCAGGAAUGAUUGGAGGAAGGUAAUUGAUAGAUUGCCCGUGGUUGUUUCGCCAGACGUAGUAAAUGCACAGGUUGCUGUUGAGAGGAGGGUUGACGAGAAUCAAGAAUCACAAGCGCUGUCUUAUUUGGAGAAGUUUUCGAGUUUUCCAAAGAUGUUGCGGAUUUUGGCUUGUGCUUACAGAUGGCGUUCGAAUGCGGUCAUGCCCAGAGUAAAUCGCUGCACUGGUCAUUUUACUGCUGAGGAGAUGGAGGCUGCUCGAGUCGGUAUGAUUCGUUAUGUGCAAAGUCAGCACUACGAGGAGGAAGUGCGGUGUCUCAGAAGUAAACAAUGGUUGUCAUCUCGCAGUCACUUGCUGCGACUUGUACCAUUUAUUUGUCCACAGGGCUUGCUCCGAGUUGGAGGCCGAUUGCAGCAUUCGUUCUUGGAGUACGAUGAGAAGCACUCGAUUAUACUGCCAGCAUCUAAUAUUAUAGUCAAGAGGUUGAUUGAGGAGGUACAUCGUCAGACUCUUCAUGGAGGUAUCCAGCUGAUGCUCAGUUCCCUCAACAGGACGUAUUGGAUUUCACGUGGGUUAAGAGGUGUACAAGGAGUUUAUCGGCGCUGCCAUAGAUGUAUUCGCUACACUGCUCAGAGUGUACAGCAGCAAAUGGCACCGCUUCCAUCAUAUCGAGUUACUCCCCAGCGAGUUUUCGCAUACACCGAUCUGGACUAUGCGGGACCGUUUCCAAUAUUGUUCUCCAAGUGCAGAGGUGCCAAGUCUACAAAGGGAUAUAUAGCGAUCUUUGUGUGUAUGGUUGUUCGAGCCGUUCAUAUUGAAGUUGUGUCAGAUUUGUCCACUACUGCGUUUCUAGCCGCGUUUCGCAGAUUCACCGCUCGGCGUGGACUUUCUAAGAUGGUAUUUAGUGACAACGGCACCAACUUCAAGGGCGCAGCCACAGAAGUUGACAAGUUAUUCCAUCGGGCUUCAUCAGUAUCGCAGGAGGUGGCAGCUGCAUUGGCGAAGGACGGUAUAGUAUGGUCUUUUAUACCUCAUAGAGCUCAUCAUUUCGGAGGACUAUGGGAGUCGGCAGUGGAAGCUACUCUGGGUUAUGAGAAACCAUUUCUGGGAGCGAUGGCGACUGGAGGUAUUGCAUCAUUUAUAGCAGAGAAACAAGUGGCUGACUCCUGGACGACAGUUGGUCGUGGGCGACUUGGUGCUUCUGAAGAACGAGCUCUGCCCUCCAUCCAAGUGGCCACUGGGUCGAAUUACAGCGGUAUAUCCAGGGAAAGAUGGUCUAGUUCGAGUUGUUACCAUCCGUACUGCCAAUUCCGAGUUCCAGCGACCAGUUGUGAAGGUCAUCUUUCUGCCCUCAGACGAGAGUGCGCAGAGGGCAGUCUCCCCUUCAACCUGAGUCCAGUCAAGACUGAAGAGUUUCCUAGAGUCAUUAAUCGAAGAGAUUUUACACACAACACCUAUACUCUACUCGUGGGACUUUUUAUGGAAUCUUACACAGAAAAUUUAGAUGAGGGAGGAAGGUGGAGUGAAGCUGAAGGCUACAGGGCGGCACCGCUUAGUCAGCUGGAGGUGGAGCACCCCACCGCGAAACCGGAGGGGAAGAGUGUCAAGGACAACACUGCCUAUAAUACUCUGACCCGAUGGAUUACUGGGGCAGCUAGCACCAGUAAAAACCUGAAUAGUGACCCUACUGGGCCUCAACUGCUGGGGACUCUUCGCAGAACCCAACAGAGGUCGUAG